AUGAAAACAGCUGGACUGACAACAAAGCAAUUGCAAAGAAUUGAAAGAAAAAAAAAAAAAGCUUUAGCUUAUUUAGCUAUAGCUAAGUUAAAUGAUCAGGAUAGGUAUGAAAAACAGAUGAAACUAGCAGAAAAAAAAGAACAAAUGUCUGAUGAUUCAGAUGAUUCUGUUUAUUCUAAAGUUAAUAUGAUGUCAGGAGAUGGGCCUUCUAGAAAACGAGUCCAAAUUUAUGAGCCUUGUUUAUUUCUCCAGUCUUACACUAUGAAUUCUUGUUAUAAUUAUCCCUGCACAGAGGAUCCAUACUUUAAUUACUAUAAUUCCCCAAUAGAAGACCAUGUUUAUCAAGAACCAUUUAUAGAACCUUAUGAAGUUUCUUCUCCCUCGCAAGAAAAUCAAACAUACAAUAAUUCUUUUUAUCAAUAUCAAUCAUUCGAAGUUAGAAGACAUCAUAAUUCUGAAACUUUUUAUUAUAAAACAGAUGAAGAAUAUUAUUCUCUUCCGCUUGAAAGUCCUAUUGAGGGGGGAAAAUUUUUAGGACCAUUGGAUGGAUUUAAUUAUUUCAAAAAGAAUCAAGAAUCUGUUAAAACAAAUGGGAAACCGGAACAAUUGUCAGGAGAAGCUUAUGAGCAGCUUAAAAAACAAUUAAGAGAAAGGAAAAAAUUUUUAAAAUGUCUUCCGAGAAUAAUAUUAAAAGAAAGCGGUGAACGUGCAUCAUUAGAUACUGAUAAACAAGAUAGAAUACCACUUUUCCUAAGUGAUAUACAAGAUCUAUUAGUGUAUUGUCAAACCGAACACACAUAUUACAAACCCAGAUGGUGUAACUUUGAAAAAGUUAAUCGUCUUACAAAAUGCAUCGUUUUGAUAGUGGAAGGUUUUUCUUGUCAAGAUCUUAAUGCAAAUGAUACCACGCUAUCCAUAUUGAAAAAUAAUUCUUUUAUAAAACUCGAAAUUCUAAUGCCUGCUGCUUACAAUAGUAAUCUUGUCGAGGAACUGAGCACAGUUCCAUUCUGUCCAUCUCAACAAAGAAAACUCUUUGAAGAAUACAAAACGAUCGAUAACACAUUGAAGAACAAUCUUCACAUUCGUUAUAAAGUUUUAAGAGCACUUUUUCCGGUUUCAAUUCAAAAUAAAAGAAGCGAAGAAUUACCCAAAUGUGAUAAAUUUCCAAGAACCGAACUUCUUUUGUCCGCAUGGCAAAUGCUUGAAGAAAAUUAUCCCGUACCAUUGAAAGAACCCUCGAGAAACAGAUAUCAAAAUUACGUACAAACAAAAAGUAAAUAUACAGAAGUCACGCCUUCGUCACCAAUGUUUGCUAUUGAUUGUGAAAUGUGUAGAACCGUGACGGGUCAAUUGGAAUUGACGAGAAUAUCGGUUGUGAAUGAAAAUUUAGAAAUUGUUUAUGACACUCUCGUUAAACCUUUUAAUAAAAUAACGGAUUAUUUGACUCGGUUUUCGGGUAUCACGAAACAAAUCCUCGAUCCCGUUACCGUACGUUUAACGGAUGUACAAAAAAAAAUAAGAGAAAUUUUACCACCCGAUGCUAUACUCAUUGGACAAUCUCUUAAUUGUGAUUUACACGCAAUGCAGAUGAUGCACCCUUACAUAAUUGACACCAGUGUCAUAUUCAACAUAACGGGUAUCAGAUCAAGAAAAACAAAAUUGAUGACUUUAUCCCGUGAAUUCUUAAGUGAAAGCAUACAGGAUUCAUCAUUGGGUCAUUGUUCAACCGAAGACAGCUUGGCAUGCAUGAAAUUAGUCAAAUUGAAAUUAGCGCACAGUAUCGAAUUCGGUGAUGCAGUUUUAGUUGGACGUCCCAACACGGAAGUACAAUUACAAGAAAUUCAAUCUCAAAAAGAAAUGAGAAUAAACGAAGUCAACAACACCAAAGUUCGUCACGAGGAUGACGGUCAAUUAAGCACGACAUUAUUAUUUCAAAUAGCAAACGCGGAUAAAAAGGGUGUGAUAGUCGGUACUCAGAAAAUCGUCAACGGUUAUUCAAAUUUUCAAGCAAAUAAAAGUCAUAAGAAAACAAAGACAAACAUACGGGGAUUGGUGGCGGAAACGGACAAAAGCAUAAUGACACGAGCAAGUGGAGCCGUUUCGGAAAACGAUUUCAUUAUAUCUCACAUACAAUUGAAAGAUUCGGAAGAAAAAGAUGAGAACAAGGAGAAAACUAUAAAAAAAAUAAACAAAUGGACGAAAAAAAUAUUACAUUUAACGCCGAUAAACGGAGUGAGCAUGAUAUUAAUUGGAAAUGGCUCGCGGGGUACUUGUUUUAUACACAUAAACAGGCCACCCGCCGCAGUAUCCGCUGUAUCCUAA